UGAUAUGAUCAUUAUAACCAAUUCAGUCAACAAUUCAAUGUAACAAUUUAUCAGUGGAUACAAAAAAAAAAUGAAAGUCAAAUUAAUUUUAAAUUGUCAUUGAUUAGAAAACAACAUUUUCCUCAUCUUUAAUCAAAUAAUGUUAGCAAAUCAAUGGACACUUUUGAUUACAAUCGUAAUCACCUUAAUCACCUUGAAACUGACACUUGCUGGACGAUUACAAUCAGGACUUCCGUAUCGAUAUCAACUGGCCAGUGGUUAUCGACCUUACAACACGUGCCCUCAAUUGGAGAUCGCCAAUGGAUUUGUACGCCACAGUAGGAGAACAGCUCGAUUUAGGUGUCAGAAAAAUUUCACAUUAAUUGGUGACAAUGUUAUUCAUUGUUACGGUGGUGAAUGGGACGGAGAUAUACCUGUUUGUGCAGCUGCUGGUUGUUUGAAGUUUCCUGCACCUAAACAAGGGACAAUUAAGAAAUCAUUUCGUGAUCUUUAUGUGACAAUCAACUGUAAUCCUGGAUAUUCACUUGAUGGGUCAUCUACUGUUUACUGUGAUGGUCACUACUGGAAUGUAUCUUAUCCAACAGUGGCCAAUAUGUGUAAAAAGACUUUAUCUAAUCCAUCAACUUGGUGUGGAUUUGAAAAUCAUGACCAAUGUGGUUGGACAUCAGAUGAGCCCGAUAGAGUGGCCAUUGAGGGUCCUAACACUUUCGGCUAUCGCCCUUAUGGAUUAGCUUUGUCUGCCCAUAAUGGAAAUGGUCAUAUGUUGGUUAUUUGGAGUACAAUUACCGGUCAUUCUGAAUCAGUGAAUCGUUUGUACUCCCCUGUAUAUGAUACUAAAGAAAGUGAAUCAUGUUUCACUUUCUGGUACCAUCUUGGUGGUUAUGAUAAACUGACCGAUCCUCCUCCAUUUAAAGUUUAUAUUAGACCGGAAUCAAUGGCGAUUGGUGAUGUGACCCCUUGGAUAUUCAUUACAACUGCUGAUGCUUAUGGUCAGUGGACCUCUGGUCAAGUUUAUGUUCCCAAGAUCAAUUCCGAUUGGCAGAUUAUCCUAGAGUUUAAUGUUUGGCAAAAAGUUUAUGGACUUGAUGACCUUUCAAUUGACCGAAAUGUAACCAAAUGUGCCACCCGAUCAACAUCAAUGACCGGUAUUUCAAAUAGCUGGACAUCAUGUAAAGAUAGAUGUUCAUACGAGCCAAAAGGAUCAUCAUCAUGUAGCUGUUCAUUGCUCUGUAAUUAUCUUAACAAUUGUUGCCCAGACUAUGAAAUCUAUUGCUCAACUAAUUCAACCAGAGAUGAUGAUGAUUUUCUUGAUUUUGAUAAAAUGUUUUCCAAUGAAACAACAACAACAACAACGAUUUUAUCAUCAACAUCCACGGUGUGGAUUCCCACAUACACCACACCACAUCCAUUUCUAUGGUUUUUCACUGAAUUUACACCAUAUUCAACGAAACGAACAACAUUGAGUAACAAUCAAUCCAAAAUAUACUUUCCAAUUGAUUCAACUAUCGAUACAUCAGCAAUUAACUUUACUUUAAUAACCACAAUCAAACCAUCAACAACAACAAUUAAACCAACGAAAAAUCCAGUUUCGAUAUCAACAUUUACCUCAUAUACUAAAGCAACCCCUUUAGUAUCAACUAAAUCAACCAAUUUAACUGUUACCAAUAAGAUUGAUAUUCCCAAAGAAAUUGGUUCAAACAAUUUAACAACAAUCAAUCCAAUCAAUGAAACUAAUCAAGAUUUCCAUCAACUCCAUGUUAACCAAACUAUUACAUCAACAAUCAGUUCUAAUAUCACUUUGGUUACGAUGGAAACUCUUAAUGGUAAUCAAAGUAUCUCUAAUGAAACUAAUCAGUUAGCUAAUGAAUCUCGAAGUUUAAAUAGUGAAAAGGCAGAAUUAAUUGUUGAACAAAAUUCUAAUAUGAAGACAGUUUCAAUUCUAAUUGGGAUCUUCGUGAUCGCCUCUGCGGUUGGCGUUAUCGUCCUUUGGAAGCGACAUAAAAAUUACCUUGGAUCAAGUGUAUCAGCUGAUUCUGAGCUGAGAUUCUUAGCUCAUGAUGUUGAUAAUUAAUCAAGAAAAGAACGAGAGAAAGAGAAAAAGAAAAACAAGAUUUAAUUUAAUUCUUAUAUUAAUCGAAACUCGAAACUUUUUAAUUUACAUCGAAAUCGAAAUGAAUAAAAAAAAACUUACCUCAAUCAACUAACCAAACAAGAAAAUUAAAAUGUACAUUGAUCAUGAUUAAAAUUCAUUAUUUAAUAAUCUGUUGAUAGUUUUUUUUUCCUUUCCCUUUUCCUAUUCAAUCAAUCGACCUUGUAAUUAAAUGUACUUAAUUAAUUUCUAAUUAUAAUAAUGUGAACUUAAGUUUCCUGGAAAAGAAAAAGAAAACUUUUCUUUUCCUAACUGAUCAGUUUACUUUGAUUACAAUUUAUGAUUUAAUUAAAAAACGAACAAGACAAACCUUUCCAACUCUUCUAAUUACCAAUGUAAUCAUAAUCUAAACAUAGAUUGAAAAAAGUCAGAGAAA